AAAUAUGGUAAUAACUGUCUUAAAAACCUUAUACUAAACUUACAAGAUGUUACCAAAAACAAUGCAAUUGUUUCGCUAUACGAUAAGCAUUUGGUGCAAGUACAAAAUGGUCCCCACUGGACCCUCGCACAUGGAAUAACUUUCCUUCUCCAUCGGGGGUGGUCGUUCUAACGGUCACUUCACCCGAAUAAGCCGCGACCGCCGCUGCCCAUAUCAUGACACACUCACCCACCGACACCUGUUCCGAUGACAACACCUCCAAAAUCCCCGUUGAGAUCAUCGCCGAAGAGGAGAUGGCACUCAUUGAAGCUGCCUUAGCCGCCGCCGUGCCUUCCGCUCUGUUUCCCCAGAAUUCUAGGUCAAUUCGCUCUAUCACUCUCUUGUCCAAGCGUCGGCUAUCUGCUUGUACGUUCACCGGGUCACCUGACAUCGAGGACUCGGGUGGGGUUGUUGGCUCGAAUAGCCCCCAGAAGAACAAGAAGACUAGAGUCCUCGAGUCUUUUCUGCAUCGAUUCCGGAGGGGAAGAGGUCUAUCCGUCACGGACAUAACAGCCACGGAAUGGUGUGAAAAGCAAAUGGAAUUUAUUCUACUCGUCGGCAAACCCGGAAAGACGAAAGCUAUGCAAGCAGGUAGUGCCCGCCAUGCAGCACUUGAAGGAGAGGUGAUCAAAAGGGUAAAGGUUCAUGUUGAAUCAGCUGAAGAUAUGUGGGCGCUUAAAUUUAUGAAUUUUAUUGUUGGUGCUAAUCAACUAUUAUUUGAUGGAUUAACGCGCGAGUUACCUUUAGUAGGCUUUGUAGAAGGUGUAUGGAUGGUGGGAAUAAUAGAUGAAAUAAGGAUGCCUGAGUCGGAGGCCAAAAGACUGCCAAUAUUGGUUGACACCAAAACCCGUGUGCGAGCUACACUUCCAAGUGAACCACAAAGGAGAAAUGGAAGGCUUCAAUUAAUGUGCUACAAGUACAUGUGGGACAGUUUAGUUGCCGAAAAAUUUCCAUCACUUAAGUUUUUUGAUUUCUUCUCAUUGAACCCCAAUCACAUUUUAUCCGAAGAAAUUAGAGAAAGUACAUCAACAUCAGGUUUUCCUUCAGAGACUCUCAAUGAUGUGGUGAGGUACUAUGGAAAUAGUUGUCGCCUGCUGCCUCAGGCUCAUGACCAGCUAUUGUUGAGAUAUGAGUUACAGGAGGAUCAAUCGUUACUAGGCGAAGACGCGUUUGCUUAUGAGCCCAAAUGGGUUAAGGAUCAAGUUAAAUCUUGUCUUGAGUUUUGGCUGGGGGAGAGAGAAGCCAGCUACCCUCCAAUGGACGAACGCUGGAAAUGCAGAUCUUGUAAGUUUGCCUCCACAUGUCCUGCAAACUCUGACCCCAAUGGUUCAUCAAGCAAAACAAAGAACGAGGACAUUCUUUCUGCUGAGACGCCUUCAUAAAUGAACCGCCAAUUCUUAGUAUUCAGUGUUCCCCUGCAGAGAAGCAAUCAGUUUUGUUGCAGCUUCUUUGCGGUUCUGGCUGAGGCUGCUGCAAAUUUAGCUCUGCCCAUCUUCAUUCAUUAUUUAUUCACUUGUUAUUGUUAAAUUGUUGUUGUAAAUAACCAUGGAAUACUAUUCAUGUACCUCCCGGUGUGUGGGUUGUUAUAGUUCAUUUGUUGUUGUACAAUGUUAGAAAACAGAUGAUCUAUCAAUCUGCAACGAUAAACGUUUAAGGUUGUAUAGCUUCUAACAGCUGCAGGCUGGUGCUGCAAGAACCGAGCACUUAUUUCUGUAGUAUUUUGAAGCAUUGUUAAUAAUCCCAGUUUCAUAAUUUAUGAUGAAAUGUGAUGUCCAAAGAAGAAUUUAA